GUCAAAUAAUAUGACAGUGACAUUUCCGUAUUAAUAGUUCCAUCUGUCUUAAUAUUACACUGUAUGCGUGUUUCGAUAUUUCAAUUAGUUAUUUCGUAAUUAGUAACUAUAUUUAAAUAAAGUAAUAAAAUGCCUCCUAAAAAGGUUGAAGAACCAGAAAAGAAGCCACUAAUUGGCCGAGUUGGGACCAAUUUAAAAGUGGGCAUUGUGGGAGUACCAAAUGUUGGUAAAUCCACAUUCUUUAAUGUGCUCACAAAAAGUCAAGCAGCAGCUGAAAACUUCCCUUUCUGCACAAUUGAUCCAAAUGAAAGUAGGGUACCAGUUCCGGAUGAAAGAUACGACUACCUCUGCCAGUACCACAAACCACUCAGCAAAGUUCCGGCUUUUCUAAACGUUGUGGACAUAGCUGGUCUUGUCAGAGGAGCUGCAGAGGGUCAGGGACUGGGAAACGCGUUCUUAUCACACAUUAAAGCGUGCGACGCCAUCUUUAAUUUGUGCAGAGCAUUCGAUGAUGAAAACGUGAUUCAUGUCGAUGGGGAAGUUAACCCGAUUCGGGAUUUGGAGACCAUUGGAGAAGAACUUCGUCUUAAGGACGAAGAGCAAUUGAUGCAGAACAUCGAGAAGCUGGAUAGAGUAGUUAACCGCGGUGGUGAUAAGAAACUUAAACCAGAAUAUGAAGCGUUAGCGAAAAUCAAAACCAUUCUAGUCGAAGAAAAGAAACAUAUACGUUUCGGGGACUGGAGUGCUGCUGAUAUAGAGGUUCUGAAUAAAUACCUAUUCCUGACGUCAAAACCUGCACUGUAUCUCGUCAAUUUGUCAGAGAAAGAUUAUAUAAGGAAAAAGAACAAAUGGUUACCAAAAUUGAAAGAAUGGAUCGAUAAAAACGAUCCCGGAGCGCCGCUGAUACCAUUCUCUGGUGCCUUAGAAAGCAAGCUGUUGGAUAUGGAGCCCGAUGAAAGGGAGAAGUUCCUUAAGGAAAACAAUAUAACUAGUGCAUUGGACAAGAUCAUUGUUCAAGGCUACAAGUCUCUACAGCUGGAAUAUUUCUUCACAGCUGGUGCAGAUGAAGUCAAAGCCUGGACUAUUCAGAAAGGCACAAAGGCCCCUCAAGCGGCUGGUAGGAUCCACACUGACUUUGAGAAAGGUUUCAUUAUGGCCGAGGUGAUGCACUUCAAGGAUUUCAAAGAAGAAGGCUCUGAGAGUGCUUGUAAAGCAGCUGGGAAGUACAGACAACAAGGUCGAAACUACGUUGUUGAAGAUGGUGAUAUAAUUUUCUUCAAAUUCAACGCCGGCGCCGGUUUGAAGGACGCUAAGAAGAAAUGACGCGACAAGUUUCUCUUUCUUUUAGUACACAUGUUGUACCUCAAUCUGGCCUUGUACUCACUGUUACACGUCGCCUGAUUAUUUAUUUUUGACUUUAUUACAAUGCCCUAAAGCUUACAUCUGUUUGAACAUUAUAUCUCGUUUGCAUUUGUUACCUAAAUAGAAAAAUAUAUCGCUGCAUUUUUUUAUAUGUUUGUGAUUUCAAAUUAAGAACACUUAUGAACAUUCUUUAGCUCUCACACUGUUUGAAUAAAAAUAAAAUAACUGUUUCGAAUUUCAAAUGUAACGUUCUGCUUUUAAUUCUAAAUUUAAACCUAAAUAUAGAAAUUGUUCUCGUUCACUAGAAGUGUGCAGAAGCUUUUUAAUACGAUAUAGUUACAUAUAUUUUAAUAAUACUAUAUUAUAAAAUUAAGCUUAUUGUCGUUUAAAAUUUUCUCUAUUAUAUAACUUCUACAAAUUCCUGUAUGCGUGUGGUGUCGCUCCCGAGGUCUGUUAUGUCCUUUAUUUCGCUAAAAACUUUUUCCAAUAUCAAACGCAGCUGUUUAAGUAAUUUUUUGACAUUGCUCUUGGAGAGAAUAUCUUGGUCUGUGAGAGGUGCGAGUUUUUCUUUGUCUUUAUCGGAUUUUUGUAAUAUUUUGUUUAAUAUGUAUGACGAUCCCUGAAAAACGGCUUCCUCCCAUUCCUAGAAACAAAAUAAUUAUACUGUAACUAAAUUAAGGAAUUAUUAUAUUUAAAAAAUUGAACUCGCCUGAAAAUCAUUAUUCAAUGUGUUUAACGACAGCAUGUUCUCAACAAGUUUUACUUUCGUAUUGUCAGGGAUGGCAUCUUUAAGUACAUUCAUUAAAAGAUAACCCGCACCUCUUACACUGCCGCUGGCUCUGAAAUGUUUUUUUUUUCUAUAACAUAUAAUUUACAUGUAUAUGUUCAAAUAAAAUUCAUUUUUUAUACCUCAA